UUUAGCCCAGCUGCCACAGCGCCCUGGCGCAUCUAUUCUGUGUCUCGAACCGCAGUAUCAAGCGCCUCAUUGGGCAGUUAGUCAAAGCUAUACGUCAUCACGUAGCCCUACGCUGUUCGCUGUUAACUUCCGGUCUCGGAGAGGCAGGCAGCAAGGUGAGCGGAGCACCAUGGUCCUGAACCCCGUCAUCUCCAAACUGGCCGGUAAACUGGUCGUGCUGGCCAGCGCGUCUCCACGGCGACUGGAGAUCCUUCGCAACGCCGGCCUGCGCUUCGAGGUGGUCCCGUCCUGGUUCAAAGAAACUCUUGACAAGCGACUUUUCAAAGCGCCUCAUCAGUACGCUGUGGAGACGGCCAAGCAGAAGGCACUCGAGGUGGCGAGGAGGAUGCCCUGCAAUCACUUGAAAACUCCGGACAUAGUGAUCGGAGCGGACACCAUCGUGACUGUAGAUGGCAUGAUUCUGGAGAAGCCACGAGACAAGCAAGAUGCGUACAGGAUGCUCUCAAGUUUGAGUGGUAAAGAGCACAGUGUCUUCACCGGCGUCGCCGUCGUCCUGUGCCAUGAGGAACCAAAUGACGGGGAUUACCGCAUAGUGGAGUUCUACGAAGAAACCAAGGUGAAGUUCGCCGACCUCUCGGAGGACAUGCUGUGGGAGUACAUUGAUAGCGGUGAACCCAUGGACAAGGCGGGCGGCUAUGGCAUUCAAGCGCUCGGUGGGAUGCUGGUGGAGUACGUGCGUGGAGACUUCCUCAACGUGGUGGGUUUCCCCCUGAACCACUUCUGUAAACAGCUGGACCGGAUUUACAACCGACAAGGCAGUCGCCACGGCGACGCCGCCCCAAGUCCGCCUAGCCCGGUCGACGGCUCGUCCGGACGCGCUGAGGAAACGGGACCGGCGACCGCCAGCAGGGCGUGUGAGGACAGUGACGAAGCCGGGAAGGACCUUGCGAAAAUCAUUCAACUGAUGGAUGGAUUCAAAGCCUCGAAGGCCCUGUUCACGGCCUGCAAGUUGGGCGUAUUCGACCUGCUGCAGCGCAGGCCGGCGUCGGACGCGGCGCAGGUGGCCCUCCAGCUGGAAACCUCCCUCAAGGGAACCCAGCGUCUGCUGGAGGCCUGCCUCUCGCUACAACUGCUGAAGAGCACAAUUCCAGACUGCGAGACGCCCGCGUACGAGAACACCGAGCUGUCCAAACGCUUCCUGCUGUCCGACGCGCCGUCCUCGCUGCUGGGCUACGUGGCGCACUGCGACGACAGCGUGUGGCCGCUCUUCAGCCACCUGGAGAGCGCCGUGCGGGAGGGCGCCCACCAGCACCGCAGGGCCUUCUGCAGCAAGUCUGGCGACUCGUUCCAGGACGCAGCGUACAGCAGCCGGGAGGCGAAGUUGAAGUUCAUGAAGGCCAUGCACAGUAUCGCUCAAGUGACCGGACGAGCGGUGGCGACGGCCUUCGACUUGUCCGCCUUCGAGAGCGCCUGCGACCUCGGAGGCUGCACCGGUACGAUGGCACUGGAAAUUGCCAGAGCUCACCCUGGCAUGUCUGUGACAGUGUUUGACUUAGCGGCCGUCGUGGAAAUGAUUCCGCAUUUCCACCCGUCCGCUGCUCAAGACAGGGUCACGUUUGUCGCAGGAGACUUCUUCAAAGACGCCUUACCCAAAGCGGACUUGUACAUCCUCUCCAGAAUUCUCCACGACUGGUCGGAUGAGAGAGUGCACUUCCUGCUGGGCAGAAUCGCAGACGCGUGCACACCAGGUCGCGGGCUGCUGCUGAGCGAGAUCUUCCUGGAGCGGAGCAGAACGGGGCCGAGUCGCGGACUGCUGCAGGCCCUCAGCAUGGGCGAGGGCCGGCAGAGGAGCGCCGACGAAUACGCGCUGCUUCUGAAGAGCCACGCGUUCGUCGUCAGCGGCAUCAAACAGACGGGCGACCUGCUGGAUGCGAUGCUCUGCGUCAAAGUCUGACUCCGCUUCGGCACGCUCCGGGUCUGCCCAACCAACAGCGACCGCAAUCUACCCCAAACUGGAUGCGCACCGGAGACCCCGAUGCCCAUUUCAUGUACCUGGAGUGUACCAUAGACCGUAUUUCUUGUUCCGCACGUAACCCUUCAAAUAAGGUCUGCACCCCUCUCAUGUACCCCAUUUCCACCAUAUGAAAUAGUCCACACACCUCUAAUGUAACUUGAGCAUAUUUAUUGUUCUUUGCAUGCUCAAGGGGAUUUUUUUUUUAAAUUCACAUUUGGAAGAAGUGUGAUUCCAAUCUGAUGAUAUUCAAUUCCAUGUAUUAUUUUUUGUGUGUGUGUGUCUUUAAGCUGCAAUAACAUGAAAAUGUGCCACUGGAGAGAAAAUCUUGUCACUUGAAGCAUGUAGUUUCAAUCCAACUUUUGAAAAACAACUAUUUUGAACCGAUGUUUGUUUUCAUUUCAACACUUAAUGCAGGCUGUGCCGUCGUCUUUGCCGAGACCACGUCGGACGGGCGGUCCGCCAACUCGCCGUUGCGGUCUCUGAACAUGCCGGUCCAGACCGAAGGCCUGUAGACGGCAGCGUGUAGUUCACACGGGGAACUUUCUUGAUGCUUUUAUGGCGAUUAAAAUGUGACAUAAAUGAAA